AUGAAGCUCCUCUCCAUCAUCCUUGCGGCUGCGCCUCUCGCCAACGAUGACGCCUGCCCCGACGACGUACACUCCGGCGCCGACGGCCGGCCCCACGGUCGCCCCGACGAAGGCCCCAACGUCGGCCCCCACGGCGGCCCCCAACCGGGCAACGGCUCGCCGAUUCUGAUCAACUUGGCCGUGCCCGACCACGUCGGCGUCGACUGCCCCGGUAUCAAGUCGCGCCACCCCGCUGGCACGCUCUUCUGUGGCUCGCCCAAGCCGCCGGGGGCCAACAUCUACGAGCCGUCGUGCGACCAGUCGAUGACGAUCACGUACAAGGGCAAGAGCGUCACGUGCGUGAUUUCGUUCCAGGCCACCGGUGUCGGCCUGACCACGGGCGCGUAUGUCGAGAUUGUCCCCGAGGCGUACAAGGUCUUGACCGGCGAGACGUACGGCGGCCAGCUCCACGGCGGUACCUGCACCGGUGUCUGCAACGUCGCCCGCUCGUAA